AAUCUCUCGGACCAAGAAGUGGGUACACUGGCACUGUUAACUCUCUCGCCCCAGAAAUUUCACUCUGUUGAGAAGAUUAUUAUUUGGGGGCGGGGAGGGGGAUGCAGAGGUCUUUAGGACCCAGCAGGCGGCGGCAGGCGGCAGUUGUGUGGAUCGCUGAGAGACUACGAGGGUCCGGUUCAGUUUUAAUUCUGUCUCUAAUCUCUGCAACAGCGGCGCUUCCCGGGUCCCGCGGCUCCAGCGCCCGCUCAGCCGCGGCCGCCGCCGGGCGAAAAAUCAGAGCCGCGUCCGCCCCAUCACCCACCAUGGAAACCCUCCAAGGAAAAGUGGCCCCGGACGCGCGUGCCUGAGGAUUCCGCACAAAAGAGGUGCCCAAAAUGAAGACCUUGAUGCGCCAUGGUCUGGCAGUGUGUUUAGCGCUCACCACCAUGUGCACCAGCUUGUUGCUCGUGUACAGCAGCCUGGGCGGCCAGAAGGAGCGGCCCCCGCAGCAGCAGCAGCAGCAGCAGCAGCAGCAGCAGGCGCCGGCGACCGGCAGCGCGCAGCAGGCGGCGGAGAGCAGCCCCCAGCCGCGCCCUGGGGCCCCCGCGGGACCGCGGCCGCUGGACGGAUACCUCGGCGUGGCGGACCACAAGCCCCUGAAAAUGCACUGCGGGGACUGUGCUCUGGUGACCAGCUCGGGGCAUCUGCUGCGCAGUCAGCAAGGCCCCCAGAUUGACCAGACGGAGUGCGUCAUCCGCAUGAAUGACGCCCCCACGCGCGGCUACGGGCGCGACGUGGGCAACCGCACCAGCCUGAGGGUCAUCGCGCAUUCCAGCAUCCAGCGGAUCCUCCGCAACCGCCACGACCUGCUCAACGUGAGCCAGGGCACCGUGUUCAUCUUCUGGGGCCCCAGCAGCUACAUGCGGCGGGAUGGCAAGGGCCAGGUCUAUAACAACCUGCAGCUCCUGAGCCAGGUGCUGCCCCGGCUGAAGGCCUUCAUGAUCACACGCCACAAGAUGCUGCAGUUCGAUGAGCUCUUCAAGCAGGAGACUGGCAAAGACAGGAAGAUCUCCAACACUUGGCUUAGCACUGGCUGGUUCACAAUGACGAUUGCGCUGGAGCUGUGUGACAGGAUCAAUGUUUAUGGCAUGGUGCCCCCAGACUUCUGCAGGGAUCCCAAUCACCCUUCAGUACCUUAUCAUUAUUAUGAACCUUUUGGACCUGACGAAUGUACAAUGUACCUCUCCCAUGAGCGAGGACGCAAGGGCAGCCAUCACCGAUUUAUCACGGAGAAACGAGUCUUUAAGAACUGGGCACGGACAUUCAAUAUUCACUUUUUUCAACCAGACUGGAAACCAGAAUCACUUGCUAUAAGUCACCCUGAGGGUAAACCUGUGUUCUGAGGAAUGGGCGUGCUGCACUGUAGUCCCAGGUAUCAGUCCCUCUGUAUCAGACACCGGGACCUUGAACUUCCCGAGUCACCAGACCGGAGAGGGAACAGAACUGGUAGCAGAAGACAGCGUUGCUCCUUAAGAAGGCCUAUGGGCAGAUGCCUACCAGGCGUGACUGCAAAGCAGUGCAGUUGGUUUGUAAGAAAAAUUCCCAAAUUAAUACAAGCAAAUGAGUGUUGUCCCUUUCAAAGGUGUUACCUUAGGAGCUGAACACUCAUUUCAAAAACACUUCAGAUCUCUUAGUAUUGCCUUCGAAACUGAGACAUGAGCAACUCAACAAUAUUAGUUGCAUUCCUUUAUAGAAAUACCAUGUCAAAAGACAUUUUUCUAUCAAGUUGUAUCCUUUCCUGAUCUAUACCCUUUGUCAUCUAUUAGACUCUGUAUGUGUGAUUUGUAAAAAGCAGCCUGAAAGUAUAGACAAGAUUUCUGAAGAGCACAUCUCCACUGACUUUCAUAAAGCAAAUGUCCAAUAUUUAUUUACUGAGAGUUUUUUAGUGCACUCUAGGCCAGUAUUUUUAUAGAUUAUGAUUAUGUGGUAAUUUAUCCUUCCUAGCUCUUUAAUCCUGAAUGAUGGUUGGAAAUGGCCUAGAAUUGGGUUGAUGAGUUACUGUGUUCACAAUGCUCAUUGUUAGCAUGCAAUUGGUAUUUGACUUAGAAAUGUUGUGUUGCGUUUUUUGAACCCCUAGGCUUCAGGAAAAUUGUUCUUUCAUGGAAAGAAUAGCUAUGGCAUUUUCUAAUGUGCAGAAAUGCUCCAAAAGGACAAGAUUGAAAACCAAAAACUGUAUUAUUAAAACAAAAAGAUGCUAACAAGAGAAACUUAAACAUAGUUUUCUUUAGUAAUAAUUUACAUAAGUAACGUAUUUUAGGCCCUAGUUUCCUCUUCUCUAGAAUGAUGUCACUGUACUAGAUGACCUCUUAAGUUUUAUCCCAAAUCUAAAAUUCUGUGAGCCUCUCAUUGACCCAUUUGAGGACUUUGCACUUGGAAUGAUGGGGCUCCAACAGCAGCAGGAACCUUAUUUGUGGGGUGGUUAUAUUCCCACACUACUUAUAUCCCUCUUGUGGUUAAAAACAUACUUCAUCCUGCGUCCCCAUGGGCUAAAACCUACCCCCUGCUUCUCUGAAAGUACCACUACACACACACACACACACACACACACACACACACACGCAUGCACACGUACAUACACACACACAAAUACUACACACACAGAGACAUACUUCUGAGGGAUUCCUUGGCCACAAGAGCAAGGAACUACCCUUCUUUGAGGAGAAGAGACUACAAGGAGAUUCCCUAUCAUACAACUCAUUUAUCUUGUGAACUAUUCAGACCCACUCAAAUCUCACUACAAAUCUUCUUAGAUUAUAGUCACUACCAUUUCCUGGCCUGAAGGAGUAUAAAGGACUUAUUUUAGUAAGAGUCAAGAUCAAUUAGUACUAUAGAUUUUUAUUUACACAAGUAAUAUUGUUCAAAAAUUGUCUUUUAAAAAAUAUACUAGUGUUUUCUUUACGUGUGGCUUAGGAGGCAUUAGUUUCUCUGAUGCCAAAUUUGAAGGCACCAGCAAAUAUUAUCUAUGAAGACUGACCUUGUUUUAUAGACAUGAGCUGGCUUGUGAUUAAAGAAGGUUUCUCACAUUGCCACUUCUUUUCCCUUGAUUGUAUGGAGUACUGUUGUUGAAAUGGAAACACCGUAGUCCAGGUAUCCACAUAGCAAAUACAAAGUUAGUAUUAUUGUAGUGUGGCUUGAGUUGUGAAAAGCCAGUUAGAUUAAAAUGGCCGUCCAGAACAUACUGGGAUGCAUUCUUUACAUUUUCUCGUAGUUUUUAAAGGGACUAUGAAUUUUGUUCCAACACAGUGUCUUCUGCAUCAUGGACUCUGAACACACAAUAUUUUAUGAACAUAUAAAAAAGUGUAUGAAUUUUAUACAAUUUAUUUUAUAGGCCACCUUUACAAUCACUUGAAGAGAUUGUUGCUUACAUGCAAAUGUCUCCUUUGACAACUUCUGUAUUUAUGGAAAUUUGGGGAGGGGCAGUUGGGACAUGUAAGCAUGUAGCUGUAUUGCCUAAUCUAAUAAUAUCUCACAUGUCUGUGUGUCUUCAGGUUUUAGGUUGUUCUUUUUUAACAAAAAAGACCACCAUGAGCUCUUUUUUUGUAGCUUUUCUCACUCAAAUACUCAAAAGAAUGAAAGGCAACCAAAUCCUGAAAGCCCUGGCUUCACCAGGAAAUAUUUUAAAUCUAUGUAUAGCUAGGAUAUGUGAAUUCAUAUUCUUAUAGAACUAUGGUGUAAAUACAUGUAAGAAAUUAUCAUUUGGGUAGUGGUUUUAUUGUAGCAUGAAAGGAAAUGCCUAGAAUUCUGAUAGAUUGUGCUGAUGGACCUGGUUGCGGGCAAUUGAAUUCUCGCCUUGCCACUAUCAUUUCAUGACUGUCAGUCUUAACGCCACUCAAUACCAUUAAACAUAAACUCUGCUGUAAAAGAUGACUACAAAACCAUGUUGACAGACCUCAGUGAUUUCAAUACCUGAUUGUGUUUGAAGCCUAAGUCACACCCGUUUACAUGACAUACCUUUUCCUCCUCUCCCAGCUGUGUCAUCAGCUUCCUCCCAGCUUUUAAGACCACAGUAAUACAAUGCCACAGCUGGCAGAUCCACGGCUUCUGUUAUUUCAACGCAAGAACAUUUGGCAGAGGCCAUUACAAUAGAUAGCCAUUAUGGGCAAAGAUACAGGAAUUCACAAACAAAAUCAAUCACUUCAAAUGGCCCAUAAAAAGAGGAAUCUCACAUUUAAUAUUCCACAGUAAAUAUCCACCCAAGAAAGCGUACAUUAAAAGAACAUUAGGAGGUAAAUAUUCAGUGUGCUGUGUGGGGACUUAGCUUUGUGAUUUCCAUUACCGUUAAUGGGUGUUUGGCAACUAAGUCCCUGUGCUUCGCUAACCCUGGUAUGUACUCCUAAGGGCUAGACAUAAAAUCAAAGCAAUUCGGGAACUUCUAAGGUCAUAAUCUCCUCUUCAAAAAAAAUAAAUAAAUAAAUGAAAGCAAAACACAAAGUACUGUACCUAAAGUGAAAUUUGUGCAUGGUCUCUAAGAAUCCUUAGGUUACUACCAAGUUUGUGUAUCAGAUUCCAAACAAUACCUCUCCACACAGAUUACCUUUGUUUCCUGAAGUUCUCUCUACAUUUCUGAUCUAUUUGAAUUACAUUAGAAUUUGAAUAAUGACUCCCUUCAAAAAUUAAAAUCAUUAAUUUAGAAGUUAAAUGAAUGCCAGGUAAAAGUGGAAGGAAGAAGAUGAAAUUCUGUUAGAACUAAGACAGUGCUAUUUAAAUGCAUAUGUACCUAUUUAGUCCCUGCCUAAAUGUUUGCCCUUGUGUAAGAGUGACCUGAUUUCAGAAAUAUACCCUGGAUUCCACCAGAGUGGUGCUUCAAACUGUUAAAUAGACCUACCCCGAGAGAGCGAUCCAUGUUGCUAUUCUCUCUGCCAUGUUAGGUGGUGAUGUUAAUAUUCUCUGGGUUUCAUACCUGACCCAAUCAUUUCUUCCAUUCUCAUUGCUUCUCUCUCAUUCUGUCACUUGCUCCCAUCUUCUUCUGAUUGUCUUCUUUUGUCUGCAGUGUGCUCCUAAAUCAGCAAUCUUUGGAGCUGUUAAGGUCUUCCUUAUAGGAUUUUUAACUAGAGACCUGACUGGGGAACAGCUUUGGAGUAGCUCUUGCCAGAGUAAUGACCAUGGUAGGUGGGAGGAGUACUUCUGGCUACAGGACAAGGUACUCCAGAAGUACCAUCCUGAUUUGCACUGGGCCAGGGAGGAGGGGAGAGGGAGGACCUCCAAGAGGCAGACUUUCGGUGUUAAUACUAGGGCAAUCCCAGGCACCAGGACAGAGGGUCACCCUAUCAGAAGGCCACCUCAAAGAGAACUGAGGGCGGGGUGUGUGAAUCAAUCAUCACCUAGGUUUUAGCACAUGCCAGAAGGUACUUUGGAAUGGAAAGAGGUAAGAGAGUGUCACAAGGCUUAAAAAUGAACAGAAGUAAUCCCUCUAUUCUAGCUAACUCAUCCCCACCUACUCAGGGUAUUGAAAUACAAAUGCAAAAAAGGCUGAAAUCCUGUUUCUUUCUAUUCAGUGCCCUAAUAUUAUAUGCUACCUUGGAUUGUCCUUUGUCUUUUUAUGUAUGUGUCCUGUUAGUCUAAUUAGAUUGUAAGCUCCUUGAGGGCAGGGACUGUUUCCCCUGUGUCUCUGUAGCCUCAUGCCUAGUAUAGUGCCUUGCACACAAUAGGCGCUCAAUAAAUGUCUGUUGUUGAUGAUGA